GCAUGUGUGCACAUUGUCCAGGCAGUAUAUCUAAAAUGGGUGGGUCGGUUUCUCAUCCAUUUAAUCAACAACAACAAGCCCUUUAAUUACAAGCAGUAGGAGCAUCCUCUUUCCAGUCAAUUGUGUGAUUUUGAUAACUUGGACAUCUAACAUUGGCUGUGAUCUUCUCCCGCAGUAAAAUGGUGUUGCUGUUGAAGCCGUACAUCAGUGUCCUUCUGUUACUUCAGUUCAGAGAGCAACUAUUGGCUCAAAACAUUGAACCUAAAGGAGAGAAGGGAGAUCGAGGACUGCAGGGACCACCAGGUAAUGCAGGACCGCCUGGACCACGUGGAUUUAAAGGAGACCGAGGAGACCCAGGUGACCCAGGCUUAACUGGCCCAAAAGGCGACCAGGGACAACCAGGCCCAAAAGGCGACCAGGGACAACCAGGCCCACCUGGCUUCGAUGGCUCACCUGGCAUAACUGGUAUGAUUGGACCACGUGGCAUACCUUGCAUUACUGGCUCAUCUGGCCUAAAAGGUGAACGGGGACCAGCUGGCUUUACUGGCUCACCUGGCCUGAAAGGUGAACGGGGACCACCUGGCUAUACUGGCUCACCUGGCCUAACAGGUAUGCCGGGACCAGUUGGCUUACAUGGCCUAAAAGGUGAACAGGGACAACGUGGCCCACCUGGCAAGCCUGGCGCAUAUUGGCAACAAGGGCAUCUUGGAGGUGACAUAACAUCUCUAAAAUCUGAGAUCCAGCAUCUAAACGCCAAGAUUGCCAUGAUAGAGAAAUUUGCAAGUUUUGAUGCAUUCAGAAAGAUUGGACAGAAAUACUUUGUUUAUGAUGGCCUUGUAGAAAGUUUUGAUAAUGGGAUUAAAUGGUGCAAGGAAAAUGGUGGAACAAUUGCUUUGCCAAGAAAUGCUGAUGAAAACCGAGCGUUGUUAAGAUUAUCGGUAGCCAGUGGAUUAAGUGGUCAUAAGCCAUAUGUUAGAGUCACAGACAGAGAUAAAGAAGGACAGUUUGUAGACAUUGAUGGAAAACCCUUGACUUUCACCAAUUGGGAUUCAGGUCAACCUGAUGAUUAUAGGGGAGCACAAGACUGUGGUGCUCUCACAGUGGAUUCAGGUUUUUGGGAUGAUGUUGGUUGUAACCAAAAUGAUCCACAUCAUAUCAUAUGUGAAAUAGAAAUCAAAUAAUGCUUCUUUAAGAUACUGUAUAAGUAACUAUACAAAUCUGCAGUAUUAAUACACUAUUAGAAAUAUGUGUAAUAUUCACACAAAUGUAUUCAUCUUACCGUCAAAUAUAUAUUUACUGUAAAAUAACAUUACAGUUAAAUAUGCACAAACAAGUAACAUCGCCAUUAUUUGUUAUGUCAUUGUAUUAUCAGUUUUAUUAAAUUAAUGUUUUGUUUGUGAGAUCUUUUAUAAUAGUCAAAAUAAAAGACUCUUCAAGCCAGCUUCACAUUUCAU